AGACUCGACGUCUGCCACUGGUACUGCCCAGACCUCCUGCGAGACCUCGAACGAACGUAAGCCGUCCAGCUUGUAUCUCCGCUGCUUCUUUCGACAUGUGCAAUGCAGUACGAAAUAUAUCCGAUCGAAUCAGAAGCAACGAGCGUGGCUCCGAUCAUUUAGGCUCAAGUGGGCCAUCCACCAGCAAACGAUCCUGGCAGAACGAAGAUCCUGUCAUCCAGAAUGGUUUGUAUGUUGAGGAGAUGUUCGCGGCUCACACGGCGCGCCAGCACGUCAUCUCGUUUAUAGUCAACAACGACAUCAUUUAUCUCUGUUGGUUCGAUCGUCAGGAUACGAUUCCAUGCGCUGGAAUCAACUUCGUUCAAGACCUUCCGCGCUUUGUGGUCUUGCUCUUCAUCAUGCAGCGCAUGGGGUACAAGCAGUGGGGCCUCCACCCGUUGUUCGAACCUGAACCUGGAUAUGAAGGCGAGAUUAUUGUCGAGUACGAGGACGACACGAACAAGGACGACCGGGAUAAGAGGAAGCGCAUCGACCUUACACUGGAUUUCAGGUCUGAGAAGCCCAUGACUCAUUUCAGGGGGCGUGCAACCACUGUCGUUCCCGUGAGGAGUAAGGCGCUGUCGGCUCUGCCGCGGCGUUCACAUUUUAUCAACGAAUCCACUAAAUUGGUUGCCAAGCUCUUUUGGCCAGAAGAGGCAGACCAGAGCGAGCCCGAGAUCCUCGAAGAGGUCUACAAGAUUGCGAAGGAUGAUCUCGAUGUGCUGGGCCAUGUUCCAGAGAUGGUCUGGUUCCACAAGUUUGAAGACACAUCCACUGCGAUAAUCAGAAAGGCACUAGGAAUCGACGAUGCGGGCAGCCGGGUCCUAUACAUCAUCGUGUUCAGAAAGCUUCACCCAAUCACAACACUGAGCGGUGAUGAGUUCCUCCUCGCAUGGUGGGAAGUCGUCAAGUGCCAUCGCGCGCUCUGGAAGAGGGGAGUGCAUCACCGCGACGUCAGUCCCGACAAUCUCAUGGGAUACCGCUUACGCGGUCGAUUUAUGGGCGUCCUGAAUGAUUUCGACUUAUCGUCGAUCAAAGAGUCUUUGUCCUCGAUUCAAGGCUCUCCCAAAGGCUUCGAGCGCACAGGAACGGUACCAUUCAUGGCGUUAAACCUUCUCAUGCCAGGAGCCGGACGAGUCGAGCACGUGUACCGUCAUGAUGCUGAAUCGUUCAUCUGGGUCCUCACGUGGAUCUGCCUUCGGUAUAAAAAGGGCAAGCUUCUCAGGAAGCGCAGACCAUUGGAUGAAUGGCUGACAACGGAUGCCAUGGGAUGCUUCUACAAAAAAGCGGUUUUUUUGGGAAUGCUGUCUACGAUGCGUCCAACGCGAUCGCACAAAGAAAAUUUCAAAGUUGCCUUUGAUUGCUUGGAGGCGAUCAUGAAAUUUCAAAUCCCAUCCACGCCCAUUCCAGCGGACGAUGAAGUGGUAUUUCAGGAAUGGCUGCAGAACCAUGUUCCACAGCAUGUGCGUGAACUUACAAGCAAUCUCUUGUCUUGCCAGUAGGUUGCGGUCUAGUUGUAGUUGAGGCAGGAUGCCUCUGGAAUGUCCUGUUAUAUACUCAAGCUAUCUUGUAGAUUGAAUGUAGAACGAACAUCGUGCUCCGUGCUAUCCUUACUGUCCAUCUUUCGAACGUUCAGGCUUUGGGCUCAAUAUUCAAUCUUCAAUGC